GGAACCAUGACUGGGGCUGAGAUUGAGCCUUGUACCCAGGCCAAGUCUGAAAAGAAGUCUGGUGAAGAGGUUGGGGGUGGGGCUGAGAAGGAAUCUGAAGUCCCUCUGGUGGUCAGACCCAAAGUUAGAACCCAGACUCAGGUAAUAACUGGGGUACAGCUCAAAAUUGAGGCCAAAGCAAUGAUUGGAGCAUGGCCCAAAAGUGAGGCCCAGGCAGUGUCUGGGGCACGGCCUAAGACUGAGUCCAAGGCAGUGGCUAGAAUAAGGCCCAAGGAUGAAGCCCAGGCAUGGGUCCAGACUGAAUAUGGGGCUGAGGCAACAUCUGAGACGGCAGAAGUGACCCAGACUAAUGCUGCAGCCUGGUCACUGGUCAAUACUGAGUCCAGGCCAGUUGCUACAAGUAAGGCAUUAUCUGUGGAUAGGGAACUGGUUGAUGUGGAGGAUGAGGCCUUAUCUGGCAAAAAUGGAAUCCAGCCCUGGUUUGGGUCAGGGGAACAGAGUAAUAUGGGGUCUUGGUGCUAUCCUAGGCUCAGGACCAAACAAGAGGCCUCAGAUGAGUCUGGAUUCUGGUCAGCAGAUGAGACUUCUACAUUGUCUUCUUUCUGGACAGGGGAAGAGACCUGUAUCAGAUCAUGGCCGAAAGAAGAGUCCAAUUCCAGGUCCAGGCACAGGGCUAAACAGCAGACCAAUACCCGGUCCAGGCCCAGGAUGAAGCAAGGGCCCUGUAUUGAUUCUAGAUCUGGGUCUGAGGAUGAGGCUGGCAAUCUUUACUGCCUCUGGGCUGGAGAAAAUGCCAAUACCUUGUCUAGGCCCAAAGCCAGGGAAGAGGCAAAUAUCAGGUCCAAGCUUAGGACAAAGAGAGAGGAUUGUUUUGAGUCUGGGUCUGAAGAUGAAUUCUAUAAGGAGUCCUGGUUUUUACCUGAAGAGUCUAAUAGUAGGUUUAGGUCAAGAGACAAGAAAGAGUCUAAUACCAGCUUAAAGCCCAGGGCCCAGAAAGAUGGUAACAGGGAUAGGGUCAAACAAGAGCCUAGGUCUGAGGAGGAGGUCAUUAUUGGUUCCUGGUUCUGGGCAGAAAAAGAGGCCAGUAUGGAGGCUGGGGCUGUGGCCAGCUAUAAACCCAUGCCAGGGGCUGAGGAGGGGGCCGUUUUUGGAUCUUUAUUCUGGACUGAGGAUGAGGCAAGUGUAGGGGCUGGGGCCAGAGAAGAGAACAGGCCAGAGUCUGAGGAAGAGGCCAUAUUUGGCUCCUGGUUCUGGGACAGAGAUGAGGCCUGCUUUGACCUAAAUCCUAGCCCUGUGUACAAGGCCAGUUGCCAAUUCAGUGGUUUGGCUGAGCAUGAAAUUGGUUUAUCAUCUAGACCCCAAAGCUGGGAAGACGUCACUGUUGAAUUCAAGGCUGUUCCUUGUCAUGGGCUUGGCUUCCCAUCUAUAAGCCCCUUUAGAAUUCCUGAAGAAGCAAUAUCUGAACUGUCUGAAAUGAUUGAGGGAAACCUCAAGCAAAUGAAACUGAACCCCAGUGGGGAAGAGCAGGAAUCUUUGAGUCAUCCCAGUCAGGAUGAUCCUGACCCUAGGUUCCCAUUUCAGUGUGAGCCUGCCUUAGUGACAGUCAAUGAAAUUCGACUGCAUCUUAAGGCCAAAGAGCAUGCAGAGCCUGGAAGUUGGUUGUGCAGGUGUGUACAAUGUGAGCUUAGGAUUGGUUCUGAAGAGUUCGAAGAACUCCUUUUAUUAAUGGAAAAAAUUCAGGAUCCUUUUAUUUAUGAAAUAUCUAAAAUUGCAAUGGGUAGGAAAAGUGCUUCUCAUUUUACUCGAGAUUUCAUUCGAGACUCAGGUGUUGUCUCACUUAUUGAAACCUUGAUGGAUUAUCCCUCCUCUCGAGACAGGACGAGAUUUUUGGAAAACAUGAUUCACAUGGCUCCAUCUCAUCCAAAUAAAAACAUGAUUGAGACAUUUGUAUGUCAAGUUUGUGAGGAAACCCUUGCUCGAAACUUGGAUUCCCCCGAGCAGCUGUCUGGAAUAAAGAUGGUUAGAGAUCUCACUACUACUACUGACUAUCACACACUGGUUGCCAAUUAUAUGUCAGGGUUUCUCUCCUUAUUAGCUACAGGCAAUAGGAGAACAAGGUUUCACAUUCUGAAAAUGUUACUGAAUUUGUCUGAAAAUCCUAAUGUGACAAAAGAUGUAUUCAGUGCCAAAGCUCUAUCAAUAUUUCUAGGUCUCUUUAACAUAAAAGAGACAAAUGAUAAUAUUACAAUUGUUAUUAAAAUGUUUCAGAAUAUCAGUAAUAAAAUUAAAAAAGGAAUGAUGUCUUCAAUUGAUGAUGAUUUCAGUCUUGAACCACUUAUUUCCACAUUUCAUGAGUUUGAGGCAUUAACUAAGGAAUUACAAGUCCAGAUAAACAAUCGAAAAGGUCAUAAGGUGGGAAAACGAAGUUAG